GGAUAAAUCCAAAAAAAAAAGCAGUCACAAAAUCUCUCGACGUGAACCAAUUCUAGUAGCUAUGUUGAACACUGAAGAAUCAUGCCAGAGCUAUAUCAAAAAUCACACCCCUUCUUCGAUAGCUCAACAAAUUCGACAAGAUCAAGAGUUAUGCCAAACGCAAGGGCUUCCUAGUCUUUUGGCUCUCUACCUUCCUCACGUCAAAUCUCCCUUGGGUGAACAAAUAGCAAAAGAGCUAUAUCCUAAAAAUGCGCCGGCUCGGUACUCGUAUUCUAUAGGAGCGGCUUUGUAUACUGGCAUAAUACAGGGGAUUCAAGCCUACCUACAUCAAAUGACCCCUCAAUCUAGGCAUGGAAGUCUUCCGGAUGCUCUAGGCGGUGCUGCUGAGAAUCCACCUUCGAUAGAAGAUGUUGAGACUGCACUUAGAGUACUUGACUUCUAUGUCAAGAGUCAGGAUGGCAGUCGUAUUGACGGAAAGACACCAUUAAACAGUGUAGUACAAGUGUUAAACCAGCGUCUGCGGAGCCCAUUUUCCACGGCGAGCGAAAAUGUAGCAAAGAGGAGAAGGAUAGAAAAAAAAUGCUACCUCUGUCACCUUCUGAUUACGAAUCCUCAUCCACAAUAUCCCGCUCUUUGCAAGCCCUGCGGAAGUUUCAAUCUCGCAUCAAGUAAUAUUUCACUGCCCGAAGCCCUGAAUCUGGACGGUAAAACGGCAUUGGUAACAGGAGGUCGAAUUAACCUUGGCUUCUAUACCGCAUUACGACUCCUUAGAUGUGGUGCUCGAGUAAUAGUGUCAUCUAGAUACCCACGAGACGCAGCGGUGAGAUAUUUAGCGGAGAGCGAUUCGGAAAAAUGGGUCAAGCGGCUGAGAGUCCUAGGAGCCGACUUCAGAGCAGCGAACGACGUCUUCCAUUUGAUUUCUGGAAUUAAGCAGGUACUAAGGCAUUGGAGUGUAGAUAGCACACCAAGACUUGACAUCCUUAUAAAUAAUGCAGCUCAAACCUGGACAGACUCGGUGAAAGAGGAAAGACGAGCCAUUGAAUGGGAGAAUCAGCUACGACUCGAGGAUAAUAAUUCUGGCAGCCUACUUCUUGAAACCAAUUACAAUGCUCGGAUCAGAGGCGGUGUUCAAAGUUUGAAUCUUUUAGCGUUCGAUACAGAACAAAAGCGUCUCAACGAGAUGUCUACCGAAGAGGCCGGAAUAAUCGGACGAACAGAAAACAUCACUUCAAUCCCAACAAUGAUGGAAGAUUCCAAGACCUCUUGGGUUCAAAGCUUACACGAAAUACCAUAUGAAGACGUCAUUUCCGCGCAUUCCGUCAAUACAUUCGUCCCCCUAAUCCUGAUCCGCGAGCUUCUUCCUCUCAUGGGUACUUCCCGUCCACAUCCAGUAGCGAAUGAUCGACUCAUCAAGCCUCUAGCCCACAUAAUCAACGUCUCAGCUCGCGAAGGAGUGUUUGAGUCUACGCCCACUAACCGUCACAAAAAUGGGUAUCAUGUCCACACGAAUCUCACGAAAGCCGCACUCAAUAUGCUGACAGAAACCGAAGCAGCAGCAGCAUGGCGAGAUCGAAAAGUAGCCAUGAAUAGUGUGGAUCCCGGAUAUUUGAGUGCAGCCAAAGAAGUGAUUGAGAAUAGGAAGAGGAAUGGUGGGUGGGAUGGGUGUCCAAUUGGAUGGGAUGAUGGUGCUGCGAGAGUACUUUGGAGUGUGGCUGUGGGGGAGAGCGGAAAAGGGGCUGUUUGGGGGAGGUUUUUGAAGGAUUUUAAAAAGGGAGAGGGGGAGGAGAGAAUCGUGAGAUGAAUGGGAGGCGUUCUCAGGAGGUGGAGGUGUUUGAGUGAUGUUACAUCUUGGAGAGUUUCGAGCUGUGUUUCAAUUAUGGUCGAAAAUUCUUUAUCCGAAGUUGUACGUCUCUACUAAGAAGCCUGGUUAAUUAUUAUUUGGGACUUCAGCUCCAAAGAUAUCACUGAAUAUAGAGAAACCUUCA